AUGGCUGAACAAGAAGAUUAUUCAUCUCUUUCUCUUUUAGAGAGAGCAAUACAUAAAUUAUGGAAAGUUCGGCUUGAAGCAUAUGAAGAAAUGUCAAAACUCUUUUCAAUUUCUACGUCAGAACAAGAUCCUAUUUUUCGGUCAUUCUUACUUGAUAUUGGUUUAUGGAAAAGGAUUUGUACUGAUUCUAAUGUAUUUGCUCAAGAAGCCGGUAUUAAGGCUUUAAAGGAUUUUCUUGAGUUUUGUGGCAAAGAAGCUUGUAUAAGAACAAGAAGUACAGUUAUACCAUGCAUAGUUGAAAAAUGUUUAACUAGUACACGUGUUGGAACAAGGAAGAAAUCUAUUGACAUUGUUCUUUUAUAUGUAGAACUUGAUUCUCCUGAUCCUGUUUUAGAUGAUUUGCUUCCUGGUCUUAAUGCUAAAUUCCCUAAGCUGGUAGCAGCAACAGCAAAUGCUAUAAAGGAAAUAUAUCGUUUAUUUGGAUUGAAGACUGUUGAUCCAAAACUUGCUCUUAAAAUUCUACCUAAACUUUUUGCUCACAGUGAUAAUAAUGUUCGAAAAGAAGCUACCGAACUUGCUGUUAUUUUGUAUUCGUGGCUUGGUGAUGCAGUUAAAUCUAGUUUAUUUUCAGAACUUAAACAUGUCCAGAUUAAGGAACUUGAGUCUUCUUUUGAAGGUGUAAAGGUUGGGAAAGUUGCUCAGGAAAGGUAUCUUAGAAGUCAACAAAUUUUAUCUGAAAAUUCUUCUCAAGUUCCAUUGCAGAAUAAUGAGUCUGAAAAUAUUGACUUUUUUGAUUCUUUAGAGCCUAUUAAUAUUUUAAGUAAAAUACCUAAAGAUUUUAAUGAUCAACUUGCGUCUACGAAAUGGAAGGAUAGAAAAGAUGCACUAGAUUCUCUUUAUUCUAUCUGUAAAGUUCCUAGAAUAAUGGAAGAUGAUUAUAAUGAUGUUAUUCGUUUAUUGGCUAGAAGCAUAAAAGAUGUAAAUAUAUCUGUUGUAAUUGUUGCUAGUAAUUGUGUUGAGGCUUUUGCACGGGGAUUACGAAAAGGGUUCAUUAAAUAUAAAUCAAUUGUAUUUGGACCAAUUAUAGAAAAACUUAAAGAAAGGAAAGCUACUGUUAUAGAUGCGUUAACAAAUGCAAUGGAUGCAAUUUUUGAUGCUACAUCAUUGAGUGAUGUGCUGGAUGAUAUUUUGGAAUUUUCAAAACAUAAGAAUCCCCAGAUAAGAUCGGAGAUUCUUGUUUUUCUUGUCCGCUGUUUGAAAUGCACAUGUAUUUAUCCGAAAGCUUCGGAAAUUAAAUUAAUAGCUGAGUCAAGUAAAAUAUUGUUAAAUGAUACUUUUGAGCCUGUGAGAAAUUCUAGUGCAGAAAUUAUUGGAAUAUUAAUGAAAAUUGCUGGAGAGCGGCAAAUGGGUUUUAUUUUAGAUGGUGUUGAUGAUUUGCGUAGAGUUAAAAUCAGAGAAUAUUUUGAAUCAGCUGAGGUUAAAAUAAAACAUGAAAGUCUUAAACAUUCUGUUCUUUUUGAUGAUUCUAAAUCAAAUAAGUUUAAUAGUUUAGAGAAUCCUAAUUCAAUGGUUGUUCCAUCCAAUGAUGCCAAAAAAACUUUGCUUAGGCCUUCGUCUUUUAAACGGAAGGAUUCGCAAUCCUUAAAAGUUUCGUUUUUAGGAUCUCGUCUUCCUUCUACUGUAGAUCAUAUAGGAAUUAAAUCUGGUCUAAAAGUUUCGUCACGUCGACCUGUAUCUUUACAAAAUAUAAAAAGUGAUAAUGAUGUUGUUAAUAGUUCAUUUAGGGCAGUUAAGAAUACAGGUUCUGUCCUUCAAACCUCUGCUAAAUCAAUAGAACAAACCAUUGAACUUGGUAAUCUCUCUAUUUCAGAUAAACGAGAGUUAGAAGAAUUAAGAAAAGAGAAUUUGAAACUUGAUGAAAGACUACAGAAAGAAGUAUCGGAAAAGGAGAAUCUUUUAAAUGAGAUAAAUUCUCUUCAGUUGAAGAAUGCUCAGUUAAUUAAUGAUCAUACAAGAGAUAUUUUGAAAAUAAAGGCUACUGAAACACAGCUUUCUAGGGCAAGAAAUGAAAUAGAAAUGAUGAAGUCUCAAUUAUUAUCGUUACGUAAAGAGCUAGAUCAAAGUAGAUUAAAUGUUUCUAAUAGGUCGGCUAAUUUUCAAAAUCCUACAUCAAGUGAUGAUAAAAUUGGGAAUUCUUCUUUAAAUGUAAAUGAAUCAGAUAAUAACUCUCCUAAACAAAAUCAACAUAUAAGUAUUUCUGGUGUUGAUUCUAGUUUUGAUAUAGAAAAAGAAAAUAGUCAUUCAAAUUUUUCUAUUUUUAGUAAAUAUUGUAAUGGAUUUUCUUCAUCUAGUUCUCUUGAAUAUUUUAAUACAUCUUUUAGUAAAAGUGACAAUAUUUCUAGUUGGGAUAAUGCUGCCGAUUUGACUGCUCGUUUAAAAGAAAGGAUAGAACAAAUGAAACGUGCAGAUAUGCGACAACAUUAA